AUGGAUUUGCUCUCAUCGGAGAAUAUUGGAAUAAUUCUUUUAAUUAUGCAAUUGUCAUACAUCAUAUCAGCAGAAUCUGGGGCGAUUAAAUCUUUAUUCAUUGAUGGAGAUUUGACAUUUCUUUGGACUCCUAAAUCUUCCUAUCAGAAUGUCAGUGUUGCUUGUGACAACAAUAUACAGACAAUGGCUAACUACACCAGGGAUGAAUACAUUGCGUAUGAUGUGCUUAAUUGCACAGAAGUUAACAUAUCUGUACAUACUUUCUCAGACUACGGAUACGAGGAAAUGUCGACAUCAUACAAACCUAAAAUUACCUUUGUCUCCGAGGGAGAUCGAUUUAAAAUAAUUUUGCCCGGUCCGCAUGGGAUUUUUAAUAACGUCUACAAAUUAACAUCAAAAUCGUCGAUGAAGAUUGACUACACAUCUGUAGAUUUCAAACGUUAUACAUUACGCCGGACACAUGGCAAUCUAUAUCUAGAAGUUUUAAAUGUGACCACAAGUGAUGCAGGAUAUUACAGCGUUGGAUAUAAUGCUUCAGAUUCCAAAACGAGGCAUUGGGUCAUUCUUGUUGUUUUUGGACGGCCUACAAAACCGAUUGUCAUGGCAAAAAUAAAGUUUAGUUCUUUCAUCUUUCCUGAAGAUUGGCCUUUAAAACCGAUUUCUAAAGGCACAAUUAGUACGCCAACUUGUGAAAAGACAGUGAUAGUUUGCAGUGGCGACUCAACAUCCGCCCCAUUGUUCUACAAGAAAUUUCCACUGAUGAAAUAUUUUUGGUAUGUUAACAACACAAGCUAUAAAGGGAUUCGAAACCAAGAACUAGAUAUACGUUUUAUAAAGAAGCACCUACAGGAAAAUGUGUCAUGUAGCGCACAGGAAUACUUAAUGUCCAAAAGCGAUGUAACACAACUAAAGCCUUUAUAUAUUUCUUGGCCCGUUAUCUAUACAGUACUGAAUGGAGACGUAAUAAAUGAUUCUAAAAUUAUUGCAAAAGAUGGCGAUGACGUAACAAUAGUGUGUAAGAUAGAAGGUUAUCCUAUUGCCGAUGUUUUCAUAACAAAAGAAUCAAAGGCUGGUGUUAAGUUGCCAGGUUAUUUAUUGGUGAACUUAUAUCACUACAAAUUCACACAUGGGAUACGUUACAACGACUCCGAUACCUAUAUUUGCAAUGUAAGUAAUGAAGAAUUCGGAGAUAUGUCGGCACAUGUUCAACUUAUAGUUAAAU